GAAGGCGAAACGCCGAAUUGUAAAUUCUCAGCUGUCAAAUGUGUAAGUCGUUUCGUUCGUUGAGAAAAAGUCAUGCCUAACAUCAUGCGGCUUUUUUCGUUUACAUUGAAUAAUGGUUUCUUAAAUAAAAAGUUUGUUCGCACUGACAUAUCCACGCUGCUUAGGAAUUAUGGUUCGAAAAGUGCAACGAACACGGUCACCGCUACAUUAUCCAAUGGACGGUCUUUGACAAUAGCCGCUGGUGAAUUAGCAAGAUUUGCAGAUGGAACCGCUACAGUUACGAUGGGAGACACAACGGUUCUUGUCACCGCAGUGUCUAAACAAAAAUCAAAUUCGUCGUUUAUGCCUUUGACCGUAGAUUUCAGACAAAAAUCAGCCGCUGCUGGACGAAUACCAACCAAUUUUCUUCGACGAGAAUUGGGUCCAUCUGAGAAGGAAAUUCUAACCGCACGAUUGAUUGACCGAUCAUUGCGACCACUUUUCCCAAAUGAAUUCAAAUGUGAAACUCAAUUGGUGUGUAAUAUGCUGGCCAUCGACUCGAUGCAUUUACCGGAUGUUCUGGCUAUAAAUGCCGCUUCGACAGCGUUAAGUUUGAGUGACAUACCGUGGAAUGGACCUGUUGCCGCUGUUCGUAUAGGCAUGGUUGGUGAUGAAAUUCUGAUCAAUCCAACGAGACGUGAACUUAAAUCGUCAGAAUUGGACCUGGUUGUGUCGGCGACGAAACAACACCUCAUCGUUAUGCUGGAGGGCAAAGGAAAUGUUAUUCUAUUGCCAAAGUUGCAGAAAGCUAUCAAACAGGGUGCUAAGGAUGCACAGACGAUAAUACAGGCAAUAGAAAAACUGCAACGAAGCAACGGCAAAACGAAACGUGAAAUCGAUCCGGAAAAAGUUUGUUCCGGCGAGGUUUCCGAUGCGGUAAGAGCAAUGAGUGAGAUGAGGCUGCGCGAGAUUUUCCGUAACAGUGAGCAUGAUAAACUUAGUCGUGACCAUGCUGUUGCCGAGAUUCGAAAGAGUGUUGUGGAGAGUGUGUGGUCCAGUUUUCCAGACGUCGAACCGUCAUUGAUACAGGAAAGCUUCAACAAAUGCUGCAAAAUGACCUUUAGAGAUCUGAUUUUCGAAGACGAACGUCGAUGUGAUGGACGAACCUUUGAUGAAUUAAGGAACAUUUCCUGCAAAAUUAAUAUGCACAAACCGUUGCAUGGAUCGGCGUUGUUUCAGCGAGGUCAAACGCAAGUGUUUUGCACCGUAUCGUUGGACUCAGUCGAAAGUGCCAUGAAGCUGGAUCAUUUAACCGCCGUCGAUACCGGAGUGAAAUCGAAAAACUUUUUCCUCCACUACGAAUUUCCACCUUAUGCAACUGGUGAGAUCGGCAAAUCCGGUCCAAUUGGUCGACGAGAAAUUGGACAUGGCGCACUGGCAGAAAAAGGACUUUUGGCUACGAUUCCUAACGAUUUUCCGUUCACAGUACGAUUGACCUCUGAGGUAUUGGAAUCGAAUGGAUCCAGUUCAAUGGCAAGUGUGUGUGGUGGUUCGUUAGCGCUGAUGGACGCUGGUGUUCCACUGUCAGCUGCAGCAGCUGGUGUUGCGAUCGGUUUAGUUACCCGCUAUGAAGAUAAUGAGUUACAGGACUAUCGCAUUUUAACCGAUAUAUUGGGCAUCGAAGACUACAUGGGCGACAUGGAUAUGAAAGUUGCCGGCACAGAAAAGGGAUUUACAGCGAUUCAAGCCGACAUUAAAGUUCCUGGUAUUUCAUUAAAAGUGGUCAUGGAAGCACUACAAAAGUCACACAAUGCCAAAACAAAAAUUUUAGGAAUAAUGAACGAAUGCAUAGCUACACCGAGAAAAGUACGCAAAGAAUGUUGGCCGGUCACAGAAGAUGUUACCGUCGAACCGCAUCAACGACCGAAACUAAUCGGUCAAGGUGGAACUAACAUAAAGAAAAUUUACUUACAAACCGGCGCUCAACUAACACAGAACGAUGAAAAUUCAUUUACAAUAUUUGCACCAUCCGAAUCAUCGAUGGCUGAAGUAAAGGAAGUGAUAGAGACAUUGCUGAAGGCAGACAAAGAACCCGAUUUGGAAUUCGGCGCCAUUUACACAGCGAAAAUAGUGGAAAUAAAAGACAUUGGUGUCAUGGUAACGCUGUUUCCAUCAAUGACACCGACCCUAUUACACAAUUCGCAAUUAGAUCAGCGAAAGGUGGCUCAUCCGUCUGCGAUCGGCCUACAAGUGAAGGAUGAAAUUCAAGUCAAAUAUUUCGGUCGAGAUCCGGUGUCUGGUUUCAUGCGACUGUCGCGAAAAGUGUUGCAAGGACCAACAUCUAGUGUGAUAAAAAAUUUGGACAAAUCCAGUGUUGGCUAGUUGUAAUGGUAGUGAAAAUAUACAUUUUUUUAGAAAUUGCA